AUGGCCAUGCAAUGGAAGAGUGCCAGCCGGCAGGUGGAGAUCCUACGAAAGCUCUAUGAUACGGCGUCUCGUACGUUCGCCUCGGAAGUGCGCUGGAAAACGCCGUUCCCGACUUCUACCACCACGCUUGUGCCUAAUGCCCUAGCCUUGGCAGCGACUACAGGCCCUUCGGUACCUGCUAUGAACGCUGACAUGUCGAUGCCGAGCAGUUGGACGACCUUGUGGGCGUCGAUGCCUAGUUCAGCCGAUGACUUGAACCCAUGGCAGCAAUGCUUAGGAGAAAUUACCCUGUAG